AUGUCAACGCCGUUCCAGUCCGCCGAAGACCAGUCGCUGUCACCCACUGCAGGCUUGGACAGCGACAUUGACCCUCUUGUUAUAAAGACUGCAAAGAAGCUUGCCGACGUGAUUAACGACUUAAAGCGCGAGCUUGACGGGCGCGACGGUACCUGUGCUGAUGUGCGCGGCACCUUUAAGCUCUCCCUGGACUCUGAUUUCUCGCACACAUAUGAGCUCUCAAUUGCGCAGGACGAAGACGGCGUCGAGUAUCCCAUCACAAUCCAUGCAAAGCACCAGAAGGUGAAGACUGGAGCAAGUGGCCAAGUCGGUGUCCACCGCAACUUCAUCACUCCCUUAAUUGCAGCUGCCUCAUCAUCUUCCGGGUACGUGCCCGCAAGGCGCGUGUCGGAUGCAGAACUCGAGAAAGAUAUUGUGUCGAGGCGUAAGAGGAAGCUAGAUGAGGACGAGGACACGUCGCGAAAGCGGCCCCGCACCGGCGACGAAGAAGACGUCAUGCCUCUAAUUACGAAAGAUGACUUGGAAGAUAUCCUAUCAAGAUUACGGGACGACAUCCAGGAAGACACCUCCGAGUGCGUCAACCACGUGCAAAAACUCCUCCGACGGUUCAAGGAGGAAUGGCACGAAAAGAGCAAAUGGGAUUACGAACAGGUGUCAAUGCGCCAAACCAGGAGUCUCUUUCGAGAUUCAAUCGCCAAUGGGGCAACACCAUCUGGCGCAUUUCCAUCACCAAGCAUUGACAAGGACGAUUCCAAUACCUCUCUACUUGAUAUGGUUCGCCAAGAAACGAGGCUCCUGUCGAGCCAGAUUCGAUGGGUUGAGGAGUGUCGGAGGGUCGCUGCAGAAGUCUAUGACAAGCGAGAAGAAACAUGGCGAACGACUUCUGCAGGAUUCCACGACCGGAACCGCGUCGACCGCGAGAGCUUCCAAAACAGUGUGCUUCAGGAGUCGGUAAUGCACGGUCGCAUACUCACUCAAAUAUUAAAUGAAGUCAAAGCGUUGGGUCAUGUUACGAUGAGCUUGAAAUGGGAGACACCGGACCACAUGUCGACUCAACCGACGUAUCCUCCAGCGCCAACUGUCCCAGCGUUCUCGACCCAGCCAGCUCCAACGCCGCGAAGUGAGGGCCCUGUCACAGGACCAAGCAAGCGAUGA